CCGAGAGGAGGAGCGUAGUAGGCGUCAGGAUCCUCAAUUUUUCAACUUAGCAUCUUGGCAGGACAUUUUCCCAAGCAAAGCCCCCCGUCCGACGGGUAAAAAAAAAACUUCUGCACGGGCAUGAAAGCGACGGUGCAACUCAGAUAAGGAAGCAACAGAAAAACAAAACAAGACCAAAACAUCCGACGAGCAGUUGGCUGGCUGGCUGGCAGCGACCAAAAAAAAAUUCCAUCCGACAUCAUAAGCCUCUCUUUUAUUUAAUCACUUUUAAUUUGCCUUCACCAUUGUCAUAUAGAAGGGGUGACAGACAGCGGGUCUGCAGACACACGGCUCUAUGCGCUCCGACAGCAGCGCAUGAGAAAAUAAAGGGAGGAAAGUGCGCAAGUUAAGUGGCUCAUACUCUCCGGGCUCCAGCAUGGCGUAUCCUCAAGGCUACUUGUACCAGCCGUCCGCUUCUCUAGCCCUGUAUUCGUGUCCUGCGUACAGCACCAGUGUGAUAUCGGGACCCAGAACCGAGGAACUUGGGAGAUCCUCUUCGGGAUCUGCUUUUGCACCAUAUGCCGGAUCUACCGCGUUCACCAGCGCCUCGCCAGGCUACAACUCCCACUUACCCUACAGUGCUGCAGACGCGGCAGCAGCUGCCACAUUCACCUCGUACGUGAGUUCUCCCUAUGACCACACUACGGGUAUGGCCGGCUCAAUAGGAUACCACCCUUACGCAGCACCCUUGGGCACCUACCCUUAUGGUGACCCAGCAUACCGUAAAAACGCAACCCGGGACGCCACUGCCACCCUGAAGGCCUGGCUCGGUGAGCACCGCAAAAAUCCCUAUCCAACCAAGGGAGAGAAGAUCAUGCUGGCCAUCAUCACCAAAAUGACCCUCACCCAGGUGUCCACCUGGUUCGCCAACGCCAGGAGGAGGCUAAAGAAGGAGAACAAGAUGACCUGGACCCCCCGGAACCGGAGCGAGGACGAGGAGGAGGACGAGAAUAUUGAUUUGGAGAAAAACGACGACGACGAGCCAAACAAGCCCACCGACAAGGGAGACUCCACAGACACAGAAGCAGAUCAUAAACUGCUGAACCCAGGGGACAUAGGCUGUGACAGAUUUAAAGAGGAGAGCCAUGGCAAAGACACGGAUCCCCUUCUGAGCGACUCGGAGUUAAAAGACCAGGAGGAGAGGACUACAGAGCUGCUGCCGGACUCCGCAAAACCAACCACUUCGUCUCCCUCGGCGGUACCCCGGGGGAACCAGACCUUAGCGGAACAAGACAAGCCGUCAGAUUUGAGCCAUGCACCGGGUACGGUGACCAGCAAUGUGACCUCUGUCAUCCACUCGCCCCCUUCGGCCCCUAAACCCAAACUCUGGUCCCUUGCGGAGAUCGCCACGUCCUCAGACAGGUGUAAAGGCAGCGGCGAGACGCCACAGGCCUGCCCUGGUUUGGGUCAGAGCGCAGUAAUGGGCAGCAACGCGUCUCCAUCACGGUCCUCCCCUCAGUGCCCGCUCCCCAACAGCACGGUGCUAUCCAGGCCCCUGUACUACACCUCCCCUUUCUACCCCGGCUACACGAACUAUGGUGGCAGUUUUGGACAUCUUCACAGUAACCACGGCUCGGUAACCACGGGCUCCACGGCACAUUUCAAUGGAUUAAACCAGACUGUGUUAAAUAGAGCAGAGGCUUUGGUAAGAGAGAGCCAGAAAGUCAGAGGCCAAACGCAGGUAGAUCUUUGUAAAGACUCCCCUUAUGAACUAAAGAAAGGUAUGUCAAACAUUUAA